UUCACCUUAGUACUGUGGCUGUAUUGUAGUAUAUAUAUAAGUUGCAUUUUCCUGGGUCGAGAUUACGGUAUAUUAUAGGCUUGACCGCGAAAGCAAGUGAGAUGGCAUGCUAGCGAGCCUAAUCUCUCAGUGACGCGACGAAUUUAGCUAAUCACCCGGCUCUGAUUUUAUGGCUGUAAUGUCUUCGGGCUUUCACGAGCCUCAUCGGACUCUGCGAUUAGAUAUCUGUAGCUUCGAUGAAAAUAACCGUCAGUGCCUCCGGGGAUCCUUUGAAUUUAAAAAUCUUUGACUGGCGACUGCGAAAUCGUAAGAGGAUUCUCAGAAGUUGUUGUGGCUAUUUUUAAAGCUUCAUUUGGAGCAGUAUCGUACCUUUGAGGAGUACCGAUUAACUGGAUAUUGGCAGUGGGUUCGAAACGAUGCAGAUGGCGCUGGUUGCUACAGUUGAAAACAAUGGAGGAUCUUUCGUUGGGAAAGAUUUGUCAAAUUUUUGCUACGUUAAAUCUAUUGCAUUUGCGAUAACGGUUUUCGAUUCUCUCUCGUGUUCAGCGUUGACCGAUUGAUAAAAUUAAGCGAUUGGAAAAUGGCCAAUCAUCGUCCCUCGAAGAAUCGAACUCGCGGUCGAAGAUCGAACUGAAACGAGUUCUUGGCACUACCAAUAUGACAGAUCCGAAUUAUCAGGAGAAUAUCGGUAUUCGUGGAUCGUUGUCCACUGGCAAAGAUCGAUCUAUCGAGACUCCAGGAAAUUUCGAUCAAUCUACUCGUCCGGGAUAUAACAAAGGUCGGAGGUUAGAUCGUCCAGGUCAGGUCAAUGAUAACGCUCGCUUAUUGAUGUCAGAACAUCAAGGGGAAAUUUUGCCAAAUUCCAAAUUUCCAAUAAUCAUACCAAUCCCACCGCAAGAUGCCAGAGCUCUGGGACUGAGGAUUCCUGAACGAGACAGCGUUACGAGGGACACAGGCAGGAUGAAUUCGAAAAAUUCAAAACUCCCGCCGGAAAGUUCCAGAAGUUUUCAGGCUAAACUGGAACGUGGGUUAAGGAGUCUUACCAGUAGAAAUACAGAUAGAAAGUCGAAUCUCGAGCAACACAGAAACCUUCUGCCAUCCUUUUUGACUAAUGCUGGAGGAAAUCUCGGAAUUGGUAACGCUGCUCGAAGUAUUAAAAAAUCAAACGAACUGGUGGACAGUUCCGACAAACCUAGUGAUCCCGGCUCAAAAUCUAUGAGGCAACUGUACAGCAUGGCCGACUCCUGGAGCAGCGAUUCCGUAACAAGUCACUCGGAUAGUUGUACCUGCUGUCACGGGAAAGAAGCUUGUCCGAUACACGGGAAGGGUAUAGAUAAGAAAUAAAAUUAUUUACCGCUCAUUCGACCAUGUUAACACCCAAUAAAAAGUAACCAGUCUCAAA